CUUUUUUCGCCAUAAGUCGCCCGUUCGAGGAAAAACUCAUCCAAAACGGACGAGAGCAAGUUUUCUUUAAGUGGCGGAGUCUGCUGGUUUCGUCUGCUUUUAAAAGGUGGUUUUUAGAAGGACAUGACGUUUUGUUGUUUUUUGCAAUUAGAGUUAGAUCUCACACAAUGCUGUCGUCCAUCCGCCAGCAAUUUAGAACACUAGGCAAACGUGUCAAUGCUUUACCCCCCCGCACGCGGUUAUACCUCCACAUUUCGUUCAUAAUAUGCAUUGUUCUCAUUGUACUGGCGAUAAUUCUGGCGGUGGUACUGUCCAAGCGGAAUAAAGGUGGAGAUGAUAAUGUAUAUGUGACUGGCAUUUGGCCUGCUGCGAGAAAUGGCAAGGUGGAAAGCGGGCCCGGAAUCGCAUUUGACUACUUGGAGCUUAGCGUACCGCCAGCCGUAUACUCUGCUUCACCAUGUGCCGGCGCACUUUUGGACGGCGCUUUGACGAGACUCGCCACCCGCAUCACAAACCUUACUGGCACAAACAUUCGUGAGCCAUCUCGGAAAACGUCCGUGCUCACUCUUUCCAUAGUGAUCAAUAACCCUCAGUCCUGCGACUGGACACUGUCGACAGACGAAUCCUAUUCCAUCAAUGUAAAUAACGUCACACGACAAGCAUCCAUCACAUCCCAAACGGUACUAGGAACUCUCCGAGGCUUCACCACACUCACGCAACUCACGACAUCCUGCCCUCCUGCUACUCCCACGUCACCGAAACCCACAAAUACAGUCUGCGUCCCAGCACUUGAUCUCUCCGACUCUCCAUCUUACCCUCACCGCGGCCUGCUCUUGGAUACUGGCCGAAUGUUUAUUCCCGUCGCACAGAUCCUGCGACACUUGGACGCAAUGGAACUAGUCAAGCUCAAUACGUUCCAUUGGCAUAUCAUUGAUGCCCAAAGUGUGCCUAUUGCCUUUGACAGAAUGGCGGAUGGUACAGGCGCAUUUAACGGAACGGAUGGAAAGCCAUUGAUCUAUUCUGAAGCCGACAUCAAGCAGAUCGUUCAGACCGCUUAUGAGAGGGGCAUUCGUGUUGUCCCAGAGUUUGAUUUUCCGGGGCACGCUGAUGUCUGGGCAAGAGCCUACCCGGAAAUUAUGACUUGCAAUCCAGACCCAACCGGCCGGAAACCUUCGGGGCAACUCAAUCCCUUUGCUCCACAGACCUACACCACACUGUCCUCCUUUUUCGAGCGUAUUGCUCCCCUGUUCACAUAUACAGAUACGAUUCACUUGGGAAUGGAUGAAGUUCAUUGCGAAUGCUGGGGAGACGCUCCUGGUGCACCAAAACCGUAUGAUUGUAAAUCAGCCUAUUCCAAAAUUGGAGGAUUUCUUCAAUCCAAAGCGAAAUCGUACGCAAAAAAUACAAUGGUGUGGGCAGACCCUGUGGUGGAUUAUAGUCUGCAGGGGACAGAUGCGGUGCCGAAACAGACGAUUGUGCAGGUUUGGAAAGAGGAAGGGGAUGUCAAAAAGGUGUUGGAUGCGGGGCAAGAUUUGAGGGUGGUAGUCAGUUUGAUGACACCUUGGUAUUUUGAUUGUGGAAAAUACUGCAAUAAGACCUCCCCCCUGACACCAAUGUACAUGAUUGCCAAUGCGAAAUUUCCCACCGACUCUAGGGUCAUUGGGGGAGAAGCAGUCCUCUUUUCCGAGGACAUUGCGACAGGGUCUCCUUCCGUGGUCGAACAAAUCAUUUGGCCCCGUGCUGCCGCUGUCGGUGAAAGUUUGUGGUCCAAUCCUCGCAAGGAUCAGUUGGUAACGUACGAGCGUGUCCAGCGGGUUAGAGCACUUUUGGACUGCGCUGGCAUCGUGAGCGCAACCGCAGAUGAAGUCUGGACUUGAACACUUCUGGCAUAUAUACCAUAUAGAGUACAAACUCUAUUUUGCAAGAUAUUCAUUGAGAAAUAUAUUUCUUAAAGGUUCCGUUUUUACAUGUCA